CUGGGCGCCAUAUUUGUUCUUAGCCGGCUCCGCAGAGCUUGAGUUUUGUCACUAAUUUUUUUGAUUUUGCAGCGUUCUGAUAAGCGUAAAUGAACGUGAUGUGGACGAAACGGCUUCUGGAGCUUAAGUGUGAGUGUAUUAGUUAAUCCAUUUUGUAAUAUUGCUUGUCAGUGCUUCAGAUUUUGCGCGUAAACAAAAACAGUCGUAAAAAGUGUCUAUGUUGGUACAAUAUUCACGUGCAAAUGCACUGGAACCUCCAUGAAGCCCACUUUGAUGGAGUUGGCAGCUUGAUGGAAGUUUCAUUUACAGUUCUUUUACACCAUUAUUUUGAAACUUGAUCACUGGCCGCUUAAUGGAAAUCCCCCCCUCCCCCUUCACCUCUCUUCCCCCUCCAACCCCACUAGCCCUCACUCCACCCCCAAACAGAGGAAGCUGGUCAGUAUUGAAUCUUAAAAAAUUUUUAGGCAUCAAGAUGGUUUCUAAAAAUCAACAGACUGUCAACAGUCUUUCAAGGUCUUGGGUGAGUAUAUCAAGUGCUCAAACAGGCCAAAAUACUGCAAGCUUAUAAGACCAUCCCCUUUUUUUUCUCCGUUUACUGUCGUCCGACUGACCCAAAUUUUUGGCAUUUUCAAAAGAAAAAAAAAGUAGCGACGUAGUUCAACCGUUUUUCGCUUGAAAUAAUCCUUUUAAUCUGAAAAAUGAGCAUAGUAACAGCAUAGAGAAAAACAGGAACAAAAACAGGAACAUUUUUUACAGUAUGUUGGGCAUUUUUUUCAUCCAAAUAUGUGAAUGUUAACUUUUGACGUCAUCCUGGGGUACCAGGGCCUCCUCUUCUGAGACUUCUGGUGAUUUUUUUUUUUACGUUUUUUUUUUCAAUCCAACCGACCGACCCAAUGUCAGGAAAGGCAUUCGAUGGUAAACGAAAAAAAAAAGGGUAUGGCCUAAGGGGAAACUAGGUGGGGGAGAUAAGAAGAGUUGAUAAAGGUUUCAUGGUGUUUUAUAGUUCAUGAGCCAAUCCAGUUUUCUCAUGCUCACAACUGAUGCUGCAGGGAUUUAAACACAUUGGUUAUAGAGGAACAAACGGCCUCUUUUCCUCCCAUUGCCCCCAGUGCCUCUUUCUCUCUUGUUCACUCUCACUACUAGUCUUGGGGUCCGGACAAUCUGCGAGCCAGCAAGCUAUGCGAGCGAUGGGAAAAAAUAGAGUUUUAUGAAAUUGUAAAUGCAUGAAAAAUGUUUUCUGCUUGGUUCUGAGGUUUUGCUGAUGGAAUAUUUGCAGAAUUACACAGUAUUGAUUGACUUUCACUGAUUAUUUAUUGACCAGGGCUAAGCACUCACUUUAUGGAUUAGGGUUAAGCGCUGUUUAGGGUUAAAACCUUUUUUUACGGACUAGGGUUAAGUGCUUUGUGGCAUUAAACACUUAUUUACAAUGGUUCGCUUUCGGUUAUUUUUUGUCAUAUUACUACUUUUUCAAUUUUUUUCAAUUUUUCUUUUGCAUAUGGCUCACUGGCUCGCACUGUGUCCUAACUACUAGUCUUGCCAAGUCUGACCAUUUUUUAUACCCAUUCAACUGACUACAAACAGAUUGCAAGUAAUAUAUAAGGAAAAAAAUUUCAGUGAAACUGUUAAACACUGAUUGAGAAUUUCUAUUGCCUGAAAAUGACAUUUUUUUGGAUAUGUUAAUCUCAGUCUUGUUUUGUGACCUUUGUUGUUACUUUCCUCUAAAUGUUCCUCCAAUUUACUUAUUUAAGCUACAGAUAAAGUAAAAUUGAGUUUAACUGGAGUACAUUAUUCUUAAAUUGUAGACCAUCGGCAAAUACAGCUAUUGAAAAGGAUAGUUCAUUGCUUAUGCAGGUUUGAAGUUGUUUCUGUCCUUAUGUCUGUAACCUGAAUCAUUAGUUCCUUUUUGUGUGCAAAAACUACUCAUUCUAGAAGGAAACCUAUUGAUGGUCAUGUGAGCUUGCCCCUGGAUAGUUUAGUCCCAAGUGUCAUAUUGUACAGGUAUCUGGACUAGUAAUGCAGAAAGAGACUUUAUUUAGUUUGCUGUCUUAGGCACACUGGACAAUUUAAAGACCUGGAACCAGUUCCUGAAAGGCCGAUUAGCGCUAAUCCAUGGUUAAAAUUGUGUUCCGUUUUUGUAUUUUACCUUUCUAUGCAUUGCUUGGAGUAACAUUUUGUGUUAUCAUUAAUAUAUCUCGAAGUUAAGGCUGAACAGUAUUUUGCAACUUGCUCGAGUUGCAUGUUCUUUGACAAAAAAACCUUGCUUAAAAUUUGGCUUAAUCUUGGGUUAAACUUAACCAUCUUUUGAGGAACCGGGCCCUGUCUUUAAAAAAGAGGGUUUUUCGUGGUGUUAUAAUAAUUGCUGUGACAUUCUUUUAUGGUAGAAAUUCUUCAACAAGCAAUUCAUAUGAAGUGAUCACAGAACUUAAGCACAGAGUUUCUCCACCUGGUUAUGUACCUCCACAUAUCACACGCCCUCCCUAUGCUGAUACAGGCAUAGUACCAGAACCCCCUGAAGCUACUGAAAUCAAAACAGAUGAGCAAAUUGCUGCUAUGAGGACUGCAUGUAGGACAGCACGGAAAGUCCUGAAUAUUGCAAGAGACAAUAUCAAGGUGAGAGAAGAAAAAGUGUGUGUUGUUUUGACAAGCCAUUCUUAAGCUUUUGAGGGGAUAAGUUAUGAAGGGGUUGAAUAAGUUAAUGGAUAGAUACAUUUUGCCUUAAAAUAUGUUUGGAUUGAGGACUUGUGCAAUAAAUUAUGAAUAACGUGAGAUCAGGUCCAAUAUUUUAGUGGUUCUCACACAUUCUCUCUAAUGGCUACUGCUAAAAUUUUCGUUUUUUCUUUUUGUUUUGCCUUGGCCGCUGGAAUGUUAUUUACAAAGUGAAAUGAAUAUUGAGCCUGAUCUCAGGUUAAUUAUGAAUGAGUGCAUGAGUGUGUUCCUAAAAUUCAAGUGUAUAUAAUGGUAAUUGGACUGAGUGAAGUCCAAUUUGGUCUGUAAUCAAACGUGUAUUCCUAAAAUACAAGUGUAUAUAAUGGUAAUUGGACUGAGUGAAGUCCAAUUUGGUCUGUAAUCAUAUGCGUGACUCCUGGUAUGCGAUCAUUUGAUUUGUUCAAUCACGAGUAUGAUUACAAUCCGAACUGGACAUCAAGAAGUUCUGUUAUAUUACCAAUUAGUCAUAACUAUAACAAAAUUUGUGAUAUCUUAUGCUUUCUUAAAACUAAAACACAUGAUAUUUUGACAGUUUUUUUGCUAGAAGUGAAAGUAAAAACCCAUUCAAGUGUGCAUGUAUGAUGGCGAAUAAUGUCCAGUUACUCUGUCCUAUUGGUGCUGAAAUCAGGACAGUUGAUAGCCAAUCAGAUUUGAGAAUUUUGUUAUAGUUAUGAUUUGGAGGAUUACAAAUCAGCUUUGAAUUUAGCCCACUGAUUCUGGACCCUGCAUUUCUCAAAGUUUGGAUCAUAGAUUUUGUACAAAACUUGGAUCAGAAUCUUUGGUCAGCCUUGGAUGAAAAGCUGGUGACUUUGUCCACUUUUUGUUAAUAAAGACUUGUGCAAUCUUUUUGCUAAUUGUUUGGUGAGAUCCUGGGGAAACCCAUGUAAUACCUAGUGAAAGGGGGAUGUAUGGAUUUGUGGAUGUUUUGUGUUUGGUCUUUAUCAAAGAAAAAGUUUUGAGGUUACCAUUUUUUUGGUACAUUUUCAGUCCAUUUUAGGAAAAACUGUUAAGAAAUGUGCAUUUAGUUGUCAUUUAUAAAGAGACUUAAAUGAAUAAAAAGUGUACCUUUAUAUAAUUGUGCACUUUUUGGUCAUCGGAGUGGCCAGUUUUUUGGUUUCUAGUGCGUUUUGUACAUGGAGUAGUAGUUUUGUGGUUUUGGGUGUGGUCUUCUCCGCUAUAUCAACUUAGUAAGCCUUCUGUGCUUUCUUUUAAGGUAGGUGUCACAACAGAAGAUAUUGACAAAGUUGUACACCAGGCAGCAAUCUCAUUUGGUGCUUAUCCCUCUCCGCUGAACUACAAGGGAUUUCCCAAGUCUGUUUGUACAUCCGUUAACAGUGUCGCUGUCCAUGGCGUGCCCGAUAGGUAAUGUGGCUCUCAUUAAUAUAUAAAUGGCAGAAUAACAUCUAAAUCAACUACUCCUUCAAAUCUUAAUGUCUUUGAAAUACACGCACACACACACACAAAACCAAAAAAAGUUCUAUUUAUGUUGAUUUAUUUUAUUUCGUCUACUUGCUACAAUUAGGAGCAUUAUUAAAGGAUUAAGUAUUGUUUCUUCACUAUCACCUAUUACUUUGAGACAGUACUUGAGAUACAUUUUGGUGUAAGAUGGCUUUGUGAAUCCGACCCCUUUGUUCACAAAUAAUUAAUGCAGUACGAAGCCCCCCCUCUCCACACAGGUUUUAGUCCUGACAAAACACUUUUUUGUUGAUUUGGUCUUAAAUAUAAAUCUUUCUCAUAGUCUUUUGACAAUGUUGCUAACUGUGGAGUUAACGACAAUACUGAAAUUGUAUUUGGUUGCAAUAUGUUCAGAAAUAACAUAUGAAAUUAUUAAUAAUUUAGUUCUUUCCACUUUCUUUUUACAGUCGGCCCCUUCAGAAUGGUGACAUUGUCAGUGUGGAUGUUUCAGUAAGUGUAAUCACUGAUUAGUUCACACCAUUUAACCAAACUUAGAGAUGCAAUCAACCAGAACUUACUACUGUAAGCCUAGAUGUAGUGCUGGGAAAAGAAAUGGGAGGGAAUGAAUGUCUUCUCUUGAAGGGGCAUAGGACGGGACUUCACAAAGGCUGUUCUUCCUGGCAUAUUUAGUUCUAACAUUAACUGUUGCCAAUUUUAGGUCUAUAUAGGAGGUGUACAUGGUGAUCUGUGCGAGACUUAUGCAGUAGGCUCUGUGGACCCACAAGCACAAAAAUUGUUAGAAAGCUGUCGAAUGUGUUUAGAUGCUGCUGUCAACAUCUGCAGCCCUGGUACAAGGUUUUCUUGGAUUGGUAAUACAAUAAGGUACAAGCUUUAUGUGCUGCUUAUUGCUUUUUAAUAGUCAUUUAAAGUAAAGGAACAAAACACUUGUAUAAAUUGUAGACCUUUCCACAUUUUUUUGGUUAUUCGCUAACUGGUCCCAGUAAAAAGUCUGUGAUGGUAUUAAUACUCUCAGGGGUGGUGCUGUUGUCCCCCAAAGUUCAUGACAAGGACUACUCACAGGUCACAAAGAAAAUCAUUUUAACAGCUUGCCAUUCGGGCAAGCUGAAGCUAACAUUUACUAGCCCAGACGUCAUUUCAACUGGCCCAAAAGCUUUUUGAAGAGCAGAAUUGAUCUCACAGUUCUUCUGUUUUUCGAAUUCCCCAAAAAAGAUCACUUGCCCAUCGGGCAAGUUGAAAACAGAAUUCACUAGCCUAAUAGCAAAAUCCACUAGCCCCGGGCUGUCGGACACCACUUUCUUUGCAUGCUGACUCAGUCCACCAAUGUGAUGAUGACAAAGCUAACAGAAGGUUCCCAAUUUUGCAGCUUCAUGGCUAAGAAAGAUGGAUUUAGAGUUUGCCCUUAUCUGGCAGGUCAUGGUGUAGGAUCAGUGUUUCAUGGACCACCUGAAAUCUUGCACACAGGUGUGCAUGUAAGCUGUUAUAAAACGAAAUGGUUAUAAAUAAUGGUUAUACUUUAGUACCGUAAAUCCUCCAUUAAGCCCCCCUCUCUAACAAUCUCCCCAAGAAUGUUAUGUAGUCCCCCCUCCCCUCUCUCUUUAUUUUCAAAUGACAAACUGUAUGAAUUAAUCACAACUGUAACACUUCAUGUGGACUGAUUUGGUAAUGGUUCAUUAAACUCAUUGCCAAUAGAUGAGCUUGGGAACUGGUGCCUUAAAGGUUGGACGGGAGCCUGAACGCCUCAGGCAUAGCAAGGAGGCAACCCUGCGAGCGGGAACCACCCCUGCAUGCAGCCGCCAACUGACACCAUCACACUGAAAGAAUUCAGUGGAGGGGAGAGAAGGGGAGGGACGGGCAGGGAGCCAGAAUCUGCAACGAUUCGCUAAGCAACAGAUCCGCAAAGAUCAGCUCAAAAAUGCCAGCAUGAGAUGCAACGUAAGUCACAAGAUAAGCAAAAGGCCCCUGCGGACACCCCUCAGAUCACGUACGCUUGAGGAGGAGACCGCUGACCGCAUUGGCUUGCAAUUUAACUUUCCCUAAAUUACACUUAGCCACAUUUAAACUCAUCGCCAAUAGAUGAGCUCGGGAACUGGUGCCUUAAAGGUUGGACGAGAGCCUGAACACCUCAGGCAUAGUAAGGAGGUAUGCAUGGCAACCCUGCGAGCGGGAACCACCCAAAAUACGCAGCUCUCCAAGGUGCUUGGAGAGAGGAGGAACCCGCGAACAGGAGGGGGCCAGGGGACCUCCGAACUUCCCCAACAACCCCAAGCACCGCGGAAUCUUAAGGGUGAGCCCAACCCCAGGGUAAGACAUACCUCACUGGUACCAAGGAUCCACCACUGGCUUUCUUCAUGUGGAGAGGGCGAUGAACCAAUUAUGUCAGUUUCUGAGAAAGGGAUGCCAGGGCCUCGGCCGGUGUCCUUAUGUAUAACUGGUAGGAGACAAAAGUUGAAGAACUUCCUUUGAGCGGUUGCAUAAGUCUUGCGAGUGGAUGGGGCUAGGCCGUGCAUAAGGAAGGUGUGACACUGCUGUUCUAGAGAAAACUGGUCAAUUCCGACAGGAGCUGGGGAGGAAUCGGUAUUGGGGUUGGCUGAGCAUAUCCGCAACGAUUCCCUAAGCAACAGAUCCGCAAAGAUCAGCUCAAAAAUGCCAGCAUGAGAUGCAACGUAAGUCACAAGAUAAGCAAGAGGCCCCUGCGGACACCCCUCAGAUCACGUAUGCUUGAGGAGGAGACCGCUGACCGCAUUGGCUUGCAAUUUAACUUUGUCUAAAUUACAUUUAGCCACAUUUCAUGUGCUGGAAGUUCUGAUUUGUUCUUGAUCUUUCUUUUGUAUGACCUCCAGCCUCAUGUGACUGAGCUUUUCCACUUUGUGAACUAGUUUUUAUGGAGAACUGAUACCAUCAUUUUUGCUAACGUAAAUAAACCUCCCUCUCUAUUAACCCCCCUCCCCCUCCCCCCAAAUGUGCUUGAAAUAAAUAAGGGGACUCAACAGAGGAUUUAUGAUUUUUUUUCCUUUACUUUGUAGUUAAUUUCAAUCCUGGAAAAAUGGAAGCAGGAAUGACAUUUACUAUAGGUGGGUGUUUUGAAACAAAUGUGUUGUUUAGUCCCAUGGUACUCUGCAUGCUUGGCAGGAAAUUCAAUGCCAGAUCCAGACCUUGAGAUAAGUGGGAGGGGGGGGGGGGGUCAUCUCCCAAAAAAUUUUUUCACCCUUCAGGCCUCAGUUUGGUUUACAAAAUAAGGGGGGCCUGGGCCCCCAGAACCCUCCCCUGGAUCUUCCACUGAAAUUUAUCACCAACAGGGGCUGACCUAGGAUUCUUCAAAGGUGGGGGUCACACUGUGUCACACCCAGAGUAUUUACUUGAUUGGCAUGUCAACAUCCAGACCAUGUUUUACUAAAAGUGACAUUCUUCUUUCGGAUGAGCAGUGAGUGUGGGGGGAGGGACAAGCCUACAAGAUUAAUAAUUUACGCUAUGUGGAACUUAAUUACCAGAAACUCAUAAGGGGUUGUUCAACCCCUUAUGAGUUUCACAUAGCAUAAAUUACUCUAUUUUAGUUACGAACAAGAACAUGGUCCACUGCAGCUGUUAGGUCCUGCAAGUGGAGUAAGUAACUGUCUUGCACUGGAAAAGAUUUAUUGCAUGUUGAUUCUUCAGAUUCAUGCGUUUUGGCCAUCUGAAUUAUCGGGACCUAAAACAAUAUUAUUAUCUCACAAAGGGGAGGGGGGGGUUGCGGGCACCCCAGGACCACCCCCUACCUACGCCCCUGACUAAGACCAUGGUAACAAACAAGUGAAGACUGCAAGUUGAGUUCAAUACAAAUCUUGAAAUGCGUAGUCAAAAUAUGGCAUUUUUGCCAUAUUUAUUUUUAAUAUUUCAGAGCCUGUUCUUUGUGAAGGAUCACCCACAAUAAAAAUUCUUGAAGAUGGCUGGACUGUUAUCACUGAAGAUGGCAAAAGGUAUCACCUGUACAUGUUUCUCCUCCAAAUUUGGUUUGAUGUAAUCAUAUGAUGUAAAUUGAACAGAGGUCAAGAGCGUGGAGCUGAAGGUCAUGGCCGGUCUGCACCUUAAGCUAUGUAAUAACAAAUUUUGUUUUUACAAUAAUUAAUUGUUAGUAGAGGUUCAACUGUUUUGAGAUUAAAGCUGUCAUUUUUUUAUCUUUCUUCUUUAGGACAGCACAGUUUGAACACACACUGCUAAUAACAGAUACAGGUGUUGAGGUGCUUACAGCAGACACCGAAGAUUGACACAGAAACCAGCAAUUUGGUUUUUAUUCUAUCUUCUCUCUGUCUGCUGGAGUGAGGCAGUAAGAAGAGAGACAUUGGAGUAAAGAAGAGGGCUGGAGUAAACAAAUAUAAGUGUAUAUUUUUAAUAAAAAAAAAAACAACGACA